AUGCCGGACCGGGCGAGAGGGAUGGAUCGAAGAGGGGACAGGGGAUCCUGGUGGUUGAUCAGGGAGUUGAGGGGGUAUGGAUCUCACCGAAAGUACGAAGAGCCGCGUUCCGGAUCCCUCGCCUUCUUGCCCAAGAAGCGUGCGGCCCGUCACCGUGGAAAGGUUAAGGCCUUCCCCAAGGACGAUGCCAAGAACCCCGUCCACUUGACCGCUUUCCUCGGUUACAAGACGGGUAUGACCCACAUUGUUCGUGACUUGGACCGACCCGGAUCAAAAAUGCACAAGCGUGAAGUCGUCGAGGCCGUUACCAUCGUCGAAACUCCCCCCAUGGUCAUUGUCGGUCUCGUCGGUUACGUCGAAACUCCCCGUGGUCUCCGCUCCCUCACCACCGUCUGGGCCGAGCACCUUUCGGACGAGCUCAAGCGUCGGUUCUACAAGAACUGGUACCGCUCGAAGAAGAAGGCCUUCACCCGGUACGCCAAGAAGCACUCGGAGUCGUCCGGCCAGUCGGUUGCCCGCGAGCUUGAGCGUAUCAAGAAGUACUGCUCGGUCGUCCGUGUUCUUGCCCACACCCAGAUCUCCAAGACUGGGCUCAAGCAGAAGAAGGCGCACCUUAUGGAGGUCCAGGUGAACGGUGGAAGCGUGGCCGACAAGGUCGAGUUUGCACGGAGCCACUUUGAGAAGGAGGUCGAGGUCGGGAGCGUCUUCUCGCAGGAUGAGAUGAUUGACUCGAUCGCUGUGACCAAGGGUCACGGUGUGGAGGGUGUCAUCAAGCGAUGGGGUGUCAAGAAGCUUCCCCGGAAGUCCCACAGAGGGUUGAGGAAGGUCGCUUGUAUCGGAGCAUGGCACCCAAGUGAGGUCAUGUUCUCGGUUGCCCGAGCAGGUCAGAGGGGUUACCACCACCGUACCGAGAUGAACAAGAAGAUCUACCGCAUCAGCAACGGAACUUCGAACGAGUCAGGUGCCACCUCCUACGAUAUCUCCAAGAAGUCGAUCAACCCCCUCGGCGGCUGGAACCACGCCCCCGAUGUGGCCAACGACUUUGUCAUGGUCAAGGGUGGUAUCCCCGGUGUGCGCAAGAGGGUCGUUGUGCUGAGGAAGGCGCUCCGGACCGCGACCUCGCGUCGUGAUCUCGAGAAGAUCGACCUCAAGUUCAUCGACACCUCGAGCAAGCGUGGUCACUCUGGUUUCCAGACCAUCGAGGAGAAGAACUCGUUCCUUGGACAGCGCAAGAUCAAGGCCCCGGUCGCUUGA